AUGUUCCAGCUGCCUCUUGUAAAGCACAACUAUGCGUGGGCAGGCUGCAUGCCAGCAGAGUACAAGCAGAUGCUGGCGCACUUGAGGCAGCCGGGGGCCUCCCUGAGUGUGAUACCGGAGGGCAUCGCGGGUAUAUUUCUGGCGCAGGACAUGCAGGAUGAGGUCAUCUUCCUGUCCAAGCGGAAGGGCUUUGUGAGGCUUGCCAUACAAGCUGGCGCGGGUGGGCACAUCUCGCUGGCCUGA